AUGGCUACUCCCACACUCAAGCUCGACCCGCAGGCAAAGGUCGCCCCGCUGGCACCUAUCGCGCUUGCCAAACUCGUUACUGCUGCUGACGCUUCUCAGGCGCUCACGCUCGUCUUUGAGGACGGCAUCGCGCCCACUCUGAUCCUUCCUAACGCCGCUCCUGUUGAGGGCUACCUUCACAUUAUCCGAGAGCUCGCCUCGCACUAUGCCCACCUUGGUCUCUCUGGCACCGACAAGGACCAGAGCGCACAGGUCAACCUCUACGUCAGCCAAGGCGACAACCUAGCACUCGCCAACUUCCAGACCGCUUCGGCGAUCGCCGACAGCCUCGACCAGCACCUUGCUCUGCGCACGUUUCUCGUCAGCCACUCUGUCACUGCGGCUGAUGCAGCCAUCUGGGCGGCUGUGCGUGCCAGCUCGCCCGUCAUUGGUCUCGUCCGUAAGGGUCUCCACAAGCACUUGCAGCGAUGGUUCAACCACAUCGACUCGCUUGCACCCUUCUCUGACGCGCUCGUCCAACUCGCCGAUGCCAAGGCCGAGAAGUUCAAGAACAAAAAGACCGCUGCUGGCUUUGAUCUCUUCCUCAAGGAUGCUCAGCAGGGCCAGGUGGUCACUCGCUUCCCUCCCGAGCCUUCGGGUUAUCUGCACGUCGGUCACGCCAAAGCCGCCAUUCUCAACCAGUAUUUUGCUCGCCAGUACAACGGCAAACUCAUUAUUCGAUUCGACGACACCAACCCAAGCAAGGAGAAGGAGGAGUUCGAACAGUCAAUCAUCGAGGAUCUCGCACUUCUCGGUAUCAAGGGUGACGCGACGAGCCACACCUCGGAUUACUUUGACAAGCUUUACCAGCUUGCCAUCCAGAUGAUUCAGCUUGGCAAAGCGUACGCUGAUGACACACCUCAGGAGCAGAUGCGUGCCGAGCGUAUGGACGGGAUCGCUUCGAAGCGCCGUGAUGCAUCGGUCGAGGAAAAUAUGACGCGUUUCGCCGACAUGUCGACUGGCUCUGCUGAAGGUCGUAAGUGGUGCUUGCGUGCCAAGAUCUCGUAUUCGGAUCCGAACAAGGCAAUGCGUGACCCAGUCAUCUAUCGCUGCAACCCAGACGUCUCGCAUCACCGCACGGGCACUACCUGGAAGGUGUACCCAACGUACGACUUUGCGUGCCCGAUUGUCGACUCGAUCGAAGGCGUCACGCACGCUCUGCGUACCAACGAGUACCGCGACCGCAACCCGCAGUACUACUGGAUGCUCGACGCGCUCAAGCUGCGUAAAGUGGAUAUUUGGGACUUUGGUCGUCUCAACUUUGUCUACACGCUUCUGUCCAAACGUAAGCUGCAGUGGUUUGUGGAUAAUGGAGUGGUUUCUGGUUGGGACGAUCCACGUUUCCCUACCGUCCGAGGUAUCCGCAGGAGAGGUAUGACGAUCGAAACGAUCCAAGAGUUCAUCUUGGCGCAGGGCCCAUCGCAACAGAUCAUCAACAUGGAAUGGGACAAUAUCUGGACCAUCAACAAGCGCAACAUCGAUCCUGUUGUUCCACGAUACCAUGCUCUCGAUAAAGACGGCCUUGUCAAGGUCAACGUCAAAGGUGCGCCCAAGCGUCACACCAAGGAGAUGCCGAGGCACAAGAAGAACGCGGAUCUGGGCACCAAGCUCACCGUGUUCGACCAAGAGGUAUAUGUGGAGCAGGCAGACGCGCGGUCGUUCGGCCAAGCCGAAGAGGUGACGUUGAUGGAUUGGGGCAAUGUGAUCAUUGACUCGAAGCAGACCGACGCUGCAGGCAACGUGGUUUCGAUCGAUGCAAGCGCCAAUUUGGAUGGUGACUUUAAAAAGACCAAGAAGAAGGUCACCUGGCUCGCGGCGUCGGCUUCCACUACAGAGACAUUGGUCGAGGUGGACCUGCUCGACUUUGACUACCUGAUCACCAAGAAAAAGUUGGACGAGGAGGAUAACUUUGCCGACUUUGUCACGCCGAAUUCCGAGUUUCGCAGUGUCGCGCUCGCGGAUCACAACGUGGCGUCGCUUGAGCCGGGCGCUGCGAUCCAAUUCGAGCGCAAAGGCUACUAUAUUUUGGACCAGUUGGUCGGUAAGAAUGGUAGGAGAGAGUUUAUCAGGAUUCCGGAUGGAAAACAGGCAUCUUCGGCUAGCAAGGUGGCGCCCGAUGCGGAUGUCGAGGCAAAGAAGCACGCGGCUCAAAAGGCGCGUGCUGAAAAAGCGGCAGCCAAAGCCAAGAAGCAACAGGAAAAGGCUGACAAGACCAAGGCCAAGGCACUUGAAAAGGGCGACGGCUUGCAGUACGUCGCCGGGGCUGUCAGUGCCAGUGUAGCCGCCGCCACUGCCGGUCUUGCCACCGCCAUAGCUACCAAACCAUCCUCGGCUGCCAACACGCACAACACUCGCGCAUCCCACCCCCCCCACUUCCCAGAACUCAUCGACUCUGCCCACACCAUCAACAUGUAUCACGCCCCCAUCAUCACCACCAACAUCCCCACCCCCGUCCGCACAAACAUGUACUCCAUGAACAAGAUCCUGUAA